AUGUUCGGACGUCGACGAAGACCCAUCCUCGGUGCCGCCAUGGUUGUCGGUGCAUCCAGCGUCGCCGCCAAGCGCGCAGUACAAAGACAGGACAUGAUGAGCACGCAGCGUGAGAUGGAGAUCCAGUACCAAGUGGACGCACGCAGACGCGAAGAGGAAGAACAAGACCGACGAACGCAGCGAGCUGUCGAAGAAGCCCUAAAGAAGUCAGCCGCAGAAAAUCAGGCUGCCCAACAACAACAACAACAAGCCGCCACCCCGGUUGUGUCGCCUCCUCCACAGCAGCAGCAGCAGCUGUACAAUAACUCAAUGCCAGUUCAGGGGCAAGACGGUGGCUACUUGUCGCCCGGGCAGCAGCAGGCUUAUAUGAUGCCCAACACGCAGCAGCCAGAGCAGUUUAUGCGAGCCCCCUCUCCACAGCCGCCGGGGUAUUACUUAUCGGCAUCUCCAGCGCCGGACGCAAGGCCAAAGAGUGCACAGGGACUUGGUUCUUCGGAGCCGGUUCAAGAGUCAAGACGAUAUUGUACGCAAUGCGGUUAUGCUUGCCGAGACGGGGAUAAGUUUUGUGCUGGAUGUGGUGCAAAGCAAGGUCCUCAAGAUACUAGUUUGCUUAUUUGA